AAGCUGAUUGGCCGGAAACGUCGCUGAAGACGCUGGUUGGUCGCAGUCUCCAGUCGGUCUCUCCCAGGUGGCAGGAAAGAUGGCGCUGAGGGCUCUGGUCGGUGUCAAGCGGGUCAUAGACUAUGCCGUGAAGGUCCGCGUGAAGCCGGAUAAGACCGGUGUGGUGACCGACGGGGUGAAACAUUCGAUGAAUCCCUUCUGCGAGAUUGCCGUGGAAGAAGCCGUCAGAUUAAAGGAGAAGAAGAUUGUCAGCGAAAUUAUCGCCGUCAGCUGCGGCCCGCAGCAAUGCCAGGUAGGAAGUCUGAAAGCAAAGAAAAAGAAGAUUGAAACUGUGAAGCCGGCAGAUCUUGGGGUAGACAUGACAAGCCGAAUACAGAUUCUCAGUGUGGAGGAUCCACCGCAGAGACAAUCCGGCAUGAAAGUGGAGACAGUAGAGGACCUCGUCAGCAAACUCAGGGAGGGCGGCCAUGUCUAGCAGGACCAGGUUUUUUGGAAAGUUUGGGCAUUUGCCGCAGAAGAGCGGGUCCUGCCAGCACCCUCCCGUCCUAUUCACCUGCCGGUGCCUUCCGAAACCGCCGCCAGCCGCGAUUGUACAAACCUCAACAUCCAAUCCUUCUGUACAAAUGGAAACUGGUGGAGGGAAAAAAAAAACUGAAAUCAAACCAAUUAUUUUUUUUCUUGCUGUAAUUUGCGUCUAUAAAUAAAUGUUUUUUCCCUUUGUACGUGGAGACCGGAGUCUCCUUGUGAUUAUUUAAUAAUGGGUCGCGGUGGGGGAGCGAUGGAGCACGCAGUGUACGAGUAUAGAAGAGUUACAAUGAGAGCUCAGCCAUGUGUGACAUCCCACUACUCCCAGGAAGAGCGCCGACUCCCGAAACACGGCGACUAUUAAGUGAAGUGCCUGCUGGGUAUUCAGGAGCUGCACACUUCUAAUAACACAGGAUUAUCAGACAGGUUAAUAUUGCUUCUAAUGUUAGGUUUCAAUUCUAUCUCUUUUUUCUUUUCCUUUUUAAUCUGUAAUUAUACAAAAUGAUCCGUUUCCUUCGUUUGACAUCAGUCCGGAAAAUGCGUUUUUUUGUUGUAUUAAAGAAGACCUGAUCUAUGAAAGCU